AUGGACAACUUAAGUAUCUUCACAGCCAUCGCGCUUUGCGCUGCCCUAAUCUGGUGGGUGAUAUCGACGCUGAUGUCUCCAUUGCGACAAUAUCCUGGUCCUUUUCUUGCUAAGUGGACGAAUGUUUGGCGUCUAUAUCAAGUCCGGUCUCAGAAAUACCAAUGGACAAUCCAAGAGCUUCACAAGAAAUACGGGCCUGUUGUCAGAAUAGGUCCCAACUUAUUAGACCUGGACUAUCCCGAAUUGAUAAAGACCAUUUAUGGCACUGACAAUAGGUGGCUCAAGACAGAGUUUUACCUCAACAACAGUACCAUUGUUGGUGGCAAGAUCAGCCAUAACAUAUUUGGUACCACGAGCCCGGCGGAACACACACAGAUGAAGAAGCCGAUGGCUAAGUAUUAUUCUUCGAGCAAUGUUCUGACCUUGGAGUCCAAGAUGAACCAGGUAAUCGAGGAGCUCUGCAAGCAAAUCGACGACCGAUUCCUAAAGGGCACUGAGAGCUUCGACCUGGCCGAGUGGUUCAGCUUAUAUACCUGGGAUAUAAUCGGCUUCUUGACUUUCAGCCAGUCCUUCGGAUACAUGAUCAAGGGCCACGACUUUGAUGAGACCAUCAUGGCAUCUGCAUUAUCAGUGGAAUACUUCGCCCAGAUCGGCCAAGUUCCCUUCAUGGACAGGCUUCUCAACAAGAAUCCCAUCGUGCGUAUUGGACCGCCGGAUAUGAGUCAUAUCACUCAUUUCGCGAUCACGCAACUUCAGCGCCGGCUCGAGCAGCGGGAUCAAGACAUACAUUUAGAGGAGCCUGACUUCUUGGACCACUUCAUCGAUGGCAUGAAUAGAAACCCAGAUUCGGUUGAUGCAAGUCUCGUGCUGAAUUUCCUGCUAGGCAACAUCUUGGCUGGAGCUGACACGACUUCUAUUGCACUACGUGCUAUCUUUGACUUCUUGUUGCAAAACCCACAUGCCAUGGCCAAGCUGAAAGCCGAAAUUCUGGCAGAGGGCUUUGAUGAUGAUGCGGUUGUGCCAUACAGUACAGCUCGAUCCCUGCCUUACCUUGACGCGGUCGUCCGAGAGUCGUUGAGGAUGCAUCCCUCUGUUGCCAUGCCUCUCGAGCGCUACGUCCCAGAUACAGGGUUGACUCUUCCUGAUGGUAGUUUUGUGCCUCCAGGGGUUUCUGUGGGUUUGAGCCCAUAUAUUAUUGGCCGCAACGAAAGAGUCUGGGGUGAAGACGCGAAUGAAUUCCGUCCUGAGCGAUGGCUUAAGACGGAAGACGAAGAUGAUGAGGACUACCAACGACGUUUACGAAAGAUGAAUUCAGCUGAUCUGACUUUUGGUGGGGGAUCUCGGAUUUGUAUUGGGAGACACAUCGCGCUCAUUCAGAUCUACAAAGUUGUAGCAACAUUGGUGUCACGGUAUGAGAUCCAACUCGCGGACCUAAACGUCAGAAUGAAGAUCAUCUCAGGGUGGUUUCCGCGUCAAACGGGUUUGUUUGUCAAAAUGCACAAACGAUAG